AUGGACAAACUCGACUCUUUGCGUAGCUGGAUUGCCGAAGCCCUGUCUGGCAAAAAGUACACCGCCCUACUCGAAGAUGGGACAGAUGCUCUAUCGGCGGAGGGGCUACUCCACGAACCGAAGUCAGAACAAUCUCGCUGGCGUACCAACGGCGCGCGAAACUGUUUCUGGGUCAUGAUGCCGUCGUACCUUGCCCGUGCAUUCGGUCACGCUAGUGACAACUCAGAGAUCCCCGCGGCCAAUGCAACAUCGGACUUGAACGGCCUUCGCGGCAUUGCAUCGGUAAUCGUCGCUCUUCAGCAUACUGUAGACGCAGAUUACCCAUUAAUUCAUCGCGGCUGGGGUGAUACAGACGAUGAUCACCAUCUUAUUCAACUACCCAUCGUCCGUAUGUUAACCAGCGGAAUUCUCAUGGUCGAUGUCUUCUUUAUUAUCAGUGGCUUCGCGCUCACGUACGGUCCUCUCAAGAAGUCCUACGGCGGCCAGAGCGCAGCCGCAAUCAGCUCCAUGCCGUCCAGUAUAUUCCGCCGCCCAUUCCGCCUCUUUAUGCCUGUCAUCCCUGUCCUCGCAGUUACGACCGUUCUGGUCUACUUGCAGGCAUUCUAUGCUCUCAACUCCACGGAACCAAUGGCUCCUGUCGCUAGCGGGUUUUGGGACCAUAUUUAUUACAUAUGGCGCUCGUUGGUGCUCAUUAUCACGGCCGGAACGAACAACACCAUAAUGCCACAGGGCUGGACGCUGACUGCCGAGUACGAAGGAUCGAUUCUCGUCUUUCUGUGCUGCAUGGCUUUCGUACGGACGUCGCCCAAAGUACGGAUACCACUCGUACUGUCGUUGCUGAUUUUUCUCUUUAACCUCGGCAGGUUGCAACAAUGUCUCUUCCUCACGGGAAUGCUCCUUGCCGACUUCCGGCAUGAGCGGAAGAGACUACCAAACUUACCAGGGGCGAUCCAGAAGGCUGUUACUCUUGUGUCAUGGAUGAUGUUCGUUCUUGCGCUCUUCCUAGGCGGCUGGCCGGUGCAUGGGAAUGCCGCUGCUGCUAUGGGGUUCUCAUGGUUUGCGUGGGUGCCAACAUUUGGCAUUCCCGCACCUGGCUUUUUUCAAUUCGUCUCAUCCAUAAUGUUGGUUGUCGCGCUAGAGAACUUGCCGGUCCUUCAGCGCGUCCUGAACAUGCCCUGGGCCCUCUAUCUGGGUGAGAUCAGUUACGGUCUUUAUCUAGUACACUGGGUCUGUGGGAAGUGUUUCCUCACCUACGGCUUGAAACUCCGUCUGGUACAUGAUGGACACAGCUUGGCGUUCGCCUGGAGCGUCCUUUUCGCUAUAACGGUUGUACUUACCUUAUGGCUUGGCGAUGUUCACUGGAGGCUGGUUGACCAGAGGUGUGUGCGGUUCGCACACUGGCUGAGCAAGAAGCUUGGUAUUUAG